AUGGAAGAAUUUAGUAUUUGUUCUAAUUUUUUAUUAAAUAGUAUUGAUUUAAAUAAGAAACUUCAAAAUAAAAAUUUGUAUUAUCUAAAAGAUUAUAUAAUACCUGAAUUAUCAGAAAAUGAUUACAAAGGAUGUAAUGGUAAAAUAUGUGUUAUAGGGGGUAAUGAAAUUUAUUGUGGUGCUCCAUUUUUAUCAGCUAUGACCUCUUUAAAACUGGGAGCUGAUUUAUGCUUUGUGAUAACAUCUAAAGAAAAUUCUAUUCCUUUAAAAACUUAUAGUAGUGAAUUAAUCGUUUACCCAUAUUUAUAUAACAAGAAAUCCGAAAUAACAAAAAUUGAAGAAAGCGAUUUAGAAAAAUGCGUUGAAUAUUUAUUGAACAGAAUUGAUUCUUGUGUUAUUGGCCCAGGUCUUGGUUUUCUUGAUGAAACUACAAAAAUGUGUCUCAUAUACAUUAUAAAAAAAUUUAUAGAGAAAAAUAUUUUUUUAAUUCUGGAUGCUGAUAUAAUAGAAUUUAUUAUUACAAAUAAUAAUCUACUUGAAUUAAUUAAAAAUUAUGAAAACUGUAUAUUUACACCUAAUAAAAAUGAAUUUAGAAAGAUGAUUUUAAUUUUGACAGAUGAUAAAAAUAUAAAAUUUGAGCAAAUGGAUUGCUACCAAAUUAUUUAUAGUGCACAUAAAAUUAAUUCAUUAUUUAAUGGACCUAAAAUACUAAUAAAAGGUUUUUAUGAUAUUUUUAUUUCCAAAAAUUUUUUUUUUGUAUCAUUUAUUAAUAAUCCUUGUUUAAAGAGAUUAGGAGGGCUUGGUGAUAUAUUGACUGGUUUAUUGGCUGUUUUUCAAUGUUGGGUAUCAAAAAAAAAAAAAAUUUUUUUACAACCAAUUAAAGAAGUUUUUAAUAUUGAUAAUAUUAAUUAUCAUAAUGAGUGCUUAGAUGCACUUGCAGCCUUUAAUGGGAGUUAUUUUCUUAAAAUUUUAUGCAAAGAAGGUUUUAAUAAAAAUCAUAGAGGAGUAAUAGCUUCUGAUAUUAUGAACAGUAUUCCUCACUACUUUUAUAAUAUUUAUGAUAAAGAAAAAAAAAAAAGUUAA